ACUACAAAUGUUCAGUUGCUGUGUGAAUAUCGAAACAGAAAAUUUUAUUUGAGCUAUUAAAAAAUAAAUAUUUUAAUACAUGUCGAAAAAAACUUCAGAAAGUGACAUUCGGGCAUUACAAUCCUUGGAACUAUUCAAGAAUUGGCUUGUUAAGCAUCCUUUCAUUAAAUAUACUGGAGAUGAUGAUAUCGAUGACCUUUUGAUGUUUUAUUUGAGAGUCAAAAAGUUCUCAAUGCAGAAAACUUAUGAGAGCUUUGAAUUCAUGAUUCCGUUCAUCAAUUCUCAUCCGGAUAUGUUCUCAAAUCUAGGUCCUGCUGAUUAUGAAUUCACAGACAAACCGAAUUCACCUUUAAUAUUUUUGAAAAAUCCUAAUGCCGAAGGACGAAAAAUUUGCAUCUAUAAGAUGAAAAACUUUGAAAACUUUGAAAGUGCCGAAUAUUUGCGAAGAAAUUUUUUGACUCCGUUUCUUUUCUUUUUUGAAAUGGAUGCACAGCUAAAUGGUGUUGUAUUUAUUAUGGACUUUAGGGAUGUAAAUUUGGGAAAAUUAAGUAAAAUUCCUGGUCAAAUGAUUUACGAUUCGAUGAAAUUGAGUAAAUGCGGCUCGGUGCGACUCAAACAAUUAAAUAUUAUUGGAUUUCCUUCGUUUCUCAAACCAAUUUUUGAAAUUGCGAAAUCAUUUACGUCCGCAAAAAUUCUAGAAAGAAUAAACUUUCUAAAUGAUGUGACGGAGCUUCCUAAGCAUAUGGAUGUUUCUGUGUUACCUAAGGAAUAUGGAGGAUCUUCCGUUGAGUUGUUGGAUUAUAAAUCAUUUGAGUUGGGCAUAACUUAUAUGAAUAAAAUUCACAAAUUUGAUGUGAACUUUAGCAAAAUUCAGGAAAAUGAAAAUGUCGGAAGCUUUAGAAAAUUAGAAAUUGAUUAAAAUAAUACAGUAGCGUCCAAAAAUUUGCGGACAAGCUAAAAAAAAAAGAAUUUUAUCGAUAUUUUAAAAAUUACGCAAUGAAAAUCAACAUAUUAUAUAUCAUUUUAA